UGCGCUUGUGUUUUCUUUGGUUGGUUACAGCAGCAGCCAGCAGCAGCAGCGGAGCUUCCGAUGAAAAUAAAAAAUAGUCCAUUAGCAAAAACGGGAUAAAGGAGGGUAUCGGCGUAUGUUUUAGGCUCGUGAUAUCUUAUGGCAGUGAGCAAAUGAUAGCGUGAAGUAAAUCGGUGGUUAAUAAAGGUUCAGGACGCCGCGUUGGGUUCGCAGUCGGGUUAUUGGGGCGGCCUCCAAGGCCUCAGCCAGAGGAGUCUGAAGACCCGAGCUGCACGUCGCGACGGUGCAGCACCUCCAUUAUCCAAAUCCGGCGAGCUCUCGCCGUUGUGUUUAACGUUUACCUCGACACCCGGCAAGCAUACCGGCUAUCAGCCGCGAGAUCCCGACCGCCGCUAUUUGCUUGUUUGCAAACACGCCGUCGUACGCGUUUCAUACACAAGUAUGUCAUCCGGGGCUGGAUCAAGUGGCACAGGACGAGGCCGAGGUUCCUCUUUGGCAGAUAAUAAACCAGAAAACAAGGAGGCAAAACCAAAUCCAAAAAUGUCUAAGGCGCUGGGAACUUCUGCGAAAAGGAUACAAAAGGAACUAGCUGAAAUCACUUUGGAUCCUCCACCUAAUUGCAGUGCCGGGCCUAAGGGGGACAAUUUGUACGAAUGGGUAUCCACUAUAUUAGGACCACCUGGCUCUGUCUACGAAGGAGGAGUAUUUUUUCUGGAUAUUCACUUUUCUCCCGAAUAUCCCUUCAAGCCUCCUAAGGUCACGUUUCGAACACGCAUUUAUCACUGUAAUAUAAAUAGCCAAGGAGUAAUAUGCCUGGAUAUUCUGAAGGACAACUGGUCGCCUGCCCUCACCAUUUCUAAGGUUCUACUCUCCAUCUGUUCUCUCCUCACAGACUGCAAUCCAGCUGAUCCCUUGGUCGGUAGUAUAGCAACGCAAUAUCUGCAAAACAGGGAAGAACACGAUCGUAUAGCACGACUCUGGACCAAGCGCUACGCCACAUGAACAUUUAUUCAACUCUUGAAUUCGUCUCCUAUUAGCCUCAUGCCAAUAUAUCACCAGCUGUGAGCUCUUGUUGUUACCUGGCUGAUGUAAUCCUUAAGAUGUUUAACUAGAACUGCUUAAUCAGGGCAGCUUUGAACAACAGCUGAGGUGUACAAACUUGAGAACAGCUAUCGACGUAAAUGUGUUGUGCUUUUAUGUUGAAUUGAGUAUGUCAUGUGCCUAAGACGAAUGAGUGUUAAAAUGAACGAGCAAACGAAGUAAUAAGAGUGAUCGAGUGUAUGUUUGAUUAAACUAUAAAUCGGCAUGAGCUUGGAGAAUUUCAACCCAAACUAUGACAAGCUAGUAUUUAAAUUGAUCGUAUUGUGAAACCAACAAUACUGUCCGAUUAUACUGAUACUUUUAGGAUAGGAGAGGUCACGAACUAUAAUAAUAUUAAAUGAUAAACUGUAAGUAAAUACCUAGGUACUUAGAUAUUAAGAUGCGAAUAUAGAGGCCCAACUCUCUCACACCCCGACGAUCAUACCUUUCGCCACCACCCCUCCAAUAUUUUUGUAUACGCUCAACUUUAAUAUUGUCAUCAUAAUUUUUAAUUAUUAAGGUAAUUUUAUAUUUUUCCAUCAUUCAUCACUCAAUUGGUAUUAUUAAUCGUUGUGUAAAGACAUUGAUUUUACGAAAAUUAUUUU